GCGCGCCUCCCGGAUGCCCAGCUGAGGCCGGCCAGCCUCUUUUGUUCUGCAGCGGCCGGGCGGCCAGAGGUUGCUUUCCCCGCCGGACCUUCGCCUCCUCCCCACCCAGCCACCCAUUGCAACCACUAGCUGCAGCAGAUCACGAUGCAAAACAGCAAUGUCUCUGUAGCUGAACGCGCUCUUGUUCCUGGUGCCCAAUGGAGCCAUCCCACAGGUGGCAUGUCGAGAGGGGUGAUGGGCAUCCAGCGGAGCUGCAGGCCAAGGCGCGGGUGCUGGUGCCCGGCGGGAGUAGUUGGCCGAGAACGGAAAACCACGGCGGCAUCGAGCUUGAGCACCAGGUGAUGGAAACCUGCCCCCCAGUUCCUUGGGCCCACUACGCGCAGACAUCAGUCAAUAAUGAUAUCCCCCAAAACCAUGUGGGGAUAGAGGACCGGCCCUCCCACCCGGAGAUCUACAGCAUUGCUCUAUGGGGACCAAAACUGCACUCAGCACUGACCAAACACAGAGGGGGGCGGUCCAGCUUACAGGUUUUGCCUUCUGUGGCCAAGCAUCGGGGCCAACCAGGAGAGGGAGCCGGGGCCGACGAGGGCUCCCUGGUGCUGAUCGACGCGGAAGGGGUGCCUCACACGGUAUCCCGACAGGAGGUGGAGCUGGCCGGGCAGGUGCAAUCUUCAGAACCUGAGCUACUGGCAUCCGCGCCGCCGCCGCGGCAGCUGUACUUCUGUCCGAUAUGCCUACGGACGUUCCUGUACCAAUCGGACCUGGAGCGCCACAGCAUUACGCACUCGGAGAGCAAGCCGUACGUGUGCCGUGAGUGCGGCAAGGCCUUCAAGCGCUCCUCGCACCUUCAGCGGCACAAACACAUCCACACCGGCGAACGGCCCUUUAGCUGCCCUGUUUGCCGCAAGGGCUUCCGCGAAUCUGGGGAGCUUUUGCGCCACCAGCGGGUGCACACGGGGGAGAAGCCCUACCAAUGCCAGAUCUGCCGCUUGCGCUUCACGGAACGCAACACCCUCCGCCGGCAUGCCAAGCGCAAACACGCCCGCGAGACCUACUAUCAGCGCUCUGUUGAGGAGGGCGGUGGCAGUUGGACUAUGGCUGGGGAUUGGGAAUCGGAGGUGGUGGCAGGAACUGGAGACUGGGGGAUGGAGGAGCUGGACAGAGGCUGGAACAACGACACGGUGGAGGACUGGGUUGGGGACAGCAGCCACUGGCGGGAACCUGAAGAAGGUGGCGCAGGAGGCACACCUGUGGCCAUGUCGCACCUGCCCGAGACAGAACUUGUCAAGGACAAAGACAAACUUGAGAUCCAGCCCCCCUAAGUACACAAAUGCUGGGGGGGGGGGGGGACCAGUGAUGAAACAGGACUGAGAAAUGAACUCUGCCCUGCAAUUUCCUGUCAUGGCUGAAAUCUCUGCAACUGUCCCCCUUCGUGACUUCUCUCAGAGACACAAGUCUGACUGGAUGUCAAAGACCUUGACGUGCCAGCGCUUGGAGAAAUGGGUGGGCAUAGUGGCAGGAAGUAUUCUUCAUUCCAGCAGCUGUAUCCUGGCAUCCCAGAGCUAUUCAGAGACUGAAGGGGCCGCAUUCAGACAUGUUCUGUAACAGGGUGGAGCGAGAGCCGAUUGGAGAUUUUUGCUCUUUUAAGUAUGUGGCACUUUUCUGAGAAGGAUGGGUCCCCCACAAUGUACCAAACAAAACUUUGAUAUAUGGUGCACAUCUGUAAGAUUAUUUACCCCCUUCCUAACUGCUUCUUUUUUUAAAAAAAAAAAGAGAUGAUCCUCCAUUCAAUGGAACGCUUUCAGUUUGCAUACAUGUCAAUGAAUUAAAGAGAAGUGGAAUCCUUCCCCGCUACCCCUUCUCCAUUCCCAAGAAAGGUGGUCUAAGUUUCAAAAGCAUUCCAGAUGUUCAUAAUGAUAAUGUCUAUGUCUAGGGUGUGAUAGAAGGAGAGCAGACAUGCUGGGCAUGACGUGGAAUUGUAUACCUUCUUUUAUGUGCUCCUCAGCGGGUGUUAGAGGGUGACACAGAAUUCUAAAGAGCAGGCCAAGACACAGCUGGAUUAAUGUCUGAGGGGAAGCAAAAAACUGAAGUAAUAUUUAACUGCCUUGGGUGCUUUGGCAGAAAAGUGGUACAGAAAUGUACUAAACACAUUCAUGAAAUAAAUACAUCUAUGAAGUGGAAAA